AUGGUUGUCCCUUCAAAAAAAACGAAGAAAAGCUCUGGCAAGACAUUAAUAAAUGCUCUUCUCUUUGUGAUGCACUUUCUCGUCAAGAAUGGGUAUCUCGUUCUUUACAAUGCCGUCUCAUGGGUUGGUUGGACAUAUGUGCUGGCGCAAACGGUUUCGGAAUUGGCAAAAAACCAAGGUGACUAUACAAAAUCAUACGAUAAUAUCGGUGUUAUACUGAAGUGGGUGCAAACUACCGCUCUUCUUGAGGUGCUUCAUGUAGUGACUGGUCUUGUGAAAUCGCCUAUUAUGACCACUAUCAUCCAAGUGACAUCCCGUUUAUUCCUUGUCUGGGGCGUAGUUGAUUUAUUCCCGGAGGUUCGCACACAUUUAGCAUUUACGACAAUGACAAUUGCAUGGAGUGUUACAGAAUCCAUAAGAUACGCUUAUUAUGGUUUUAGUCUUUUAAAUAUCCAGCCUGCAUUGAUUCUAUGGGCAAGGUACACAUUUUUCUUUAUCUUGUAUCCUCUUGGCGCUGGAAGCGAAGCGAUUCUCGUCUAUCAGUCACUUGCAUACUCCAAAGGCUACAAUCAUACAUAUUAUCUGGUAGAGAUAUUUGCUUUGUUGACUUAUCCACCUGGUGAGCUGCUUGUAGUAUUAUUGCAUGUUCUUUUAUUCUAG